CAAUCUCCUUCUUGAAGUGCUUGGACAAAAAAUGAGACCUAUACUACUGCAAGGUCAUGAACGAUCCUUGACUCAGAUCAAAUACAACCGCGAUGGGGACCUUUUAUUCUCCUGCUCAAAAGACCAUGUAAUCAACGUUUGGUAUACGCAUAACGGGGAACGGUUGGGGACUUAUGAUGGGCAUAAUGGGACAGUAUGGACGGUUGAUGUCGAUUCAGAAUCGAUGUACAUGGUCUCUGGAUCGGCAGAUAAUCAAUUGCGUCUAUGGAAUGUCGCCACAGGAAAAUGCUUAUACACCUGGGAAUUCCCUACCGCCGUAAAACGAGUAGCGUUCAGCGAGGAUGACAAGCAGGUGGUGUGUAUCACUGAACAGCGAAUGGGGUUUCAAUGUACAAUCCGGGUAUUUAACAUCAAUCGCACGGGGGAUGGCACCAAACAGUCAAAAGAGCCAGCACAUAUGUUCAGCCCUGUUGGAUCAAAAGCCACAGUUUGUGCAUUCACCUCGCAACCAGGCAUAAUCUUCACCGGCCAUGAGUCCGGUAAGGUCGCGCUGUUCAAUUACAAGACCGGCGAAGAGGUGGAUAGCAACGAGCGCGCACACGGGGAUGUUGUAACAGAUCUGCAAAUGAGUCCUGAUAAAACCUACUGCAUCACGAGCAGCAAAGAUAAAUCCGCUAGGAUACACGAUACUAAAACCCUCGACGUGAUUAAGACCUUUACAACAGAAACCCCACUGAAUAGUGCAGCUAUCGCACCAAAUAAACCAUAUGUGCUUCUUGGGGGAGGUCAGGAAGCCAUGAGUGUUACUACGACAUCCCUACGCCAAGGAAAAUUUGAGACGCGGUUUUGGCACAAGGUAUUCGAGGAAGAAGUCGGUCGUGUUAAGGGUCAUUUUGGACCUAUCAAUACCAUUGCUGUUCACCCGAAAGGUAUCUCGUACGCAUCUGGAGGGGAAGAUGGGUUUGUACGAGUACAUCAUUUCGAUGAAUCAUACUUCAAAACACAGCCUUAUGGCGACUUGCAGAUAGAGGAUUGAUGUUAUAGCGAUACUGUAGUAAUAUGAUUGAUAUAC